AUGAAGCCUUUUAUAACGGGACAUGAGGACCUUAUACAUGACAUUAAGUACGACUUCUACGGCAAACAUAUAGCCACUGCAUCGUCUGAUCAGCACUUGAAAGUGUUUGACUUGGAUUCCUCGACAUCAACUUGGGUAUUGAACGAUCUGUGGAAGGCCCACGAUUCCCUGGUAGUUAAGGUAUCAUGGGCACACCCCGAAUUUUGCUCUUCCAAGAUCUUGGCUUCAUGCUCCUACGAUAGAACUGUCAAGAUUUGGCAGGAGCAACCAGAUGAAUUGCACGGGUCUGGAAGACGAUGGAUUAAAUUGGCCACGUUGGCCAUUGAAUCAUACGGACCCAUAUAUGAUGUAGAAUUUGCUCCUAACCACUUGGGAUUGAAGUUAGGGUGCAUUGGACUGGAUGGUAUAUUCAGAAUAUAUGAGAGCUUAGAGCCCGCAGACUUAACAAGUUGGGGGCUCUCAGUUGAGAUUCCCGUCUUGCUGCUGCAACUUCCAGCUAAAAACUUGCAAAGCAGUUUUGCUAUUGAGUGGUGUCCCUCCAAAUUUAGUAGAACAGAGAAGUUCAUAGUAAUAGCGUUGGACCAGGGUUUUAUUUAUGGUGCAAGGCAGAGUAACUCGAGCAAUGCUCCUCCAGGUGAUUCAGGGAAUGCGAUCGUAGGAGGUGGAGGAGAUUCCCACAUAAACGCUAUAGGUGCUGGUAACAAUACAAUACACGGAGACAAGGGCCUAGGUGUGGGAAACGGAAAUACCAGUAGAGUCAUCGAGGAUGACUUAGACGGAUUGAAUCAAGAAGGUGGUGAUUCAUCUUCAAGUGAAACUAAAUUUGUGAAAAUAUGCAAUCUUCCAGAACACAAUGGGUUAAUUAGGUCUGUUAGUUGGGCACCAUCUAUGGGUAGAAACUAUCACUUGAUAGCCACUGGUUGUAAGGAUGGUUAUGUUAGAAUAUUCAAAGCAGAAGAAUCAAACAACGGGGAUUUGAAAAUUGAAACUAUUGCGGCAUUGAGCGACCAUGAGCUGGAAGUAUGGCAAGUCAGUUGGAACUUGACAGGUACUAUAUUAAGUUCUGCCGGAGACGAUGGAAAAGUGAGACUUUGGAAGCGUAAUUAUUUGAACGAAUGGAAAUGUAUGAGUGUAAUAAAUAGUAGUAACAGGUCUAUCAAUAGGAUGACCACUAAAAAUAGUCAGUAG